UUAUAAACAACGAUCAGCUGAGAAUGAAAAGAUGGCGUUUCACUUUCGUUAAAAAAUACAUUUCAUCCAUCAGAUAUUCCCAUUCCAUAGUCAAAAUUCGCAGUGAAAAAGUGAAAGUUAAUGUUUCAAACAGCCCAGAUAUCUUUCAUUAGACAUUAAAAAAGCACGAAUCAAUGAAACAUAAAUAAUUAACGAGAAAUCAUCUAAUAAAGCUUGAAAGAAACAACCUUGUAUGUUUUUCUUUGUGCACGAAUUCACAGCUUGCAGUCAACAGUUUGAAUUGGGAUUAGUGACAUCAACAUGAAUAAUAAGAAAAGUGAACCCCAGGAUAUGGCAGCCUCUUCCAGAAAUCGAACUGUUAGUGAAUGUUCUUAUAAUAGCGAUGAUAUUUCGGGAUUUACAGGAAAAAGGCAAAGAACAACCUCCCAAACUUUCAUGGUUGCCAGUGGAUUAACUGCUGCCUCUCCACCAAAAUUCGUAUCAUUAGAAGAGAUUAUGCAAGCUGCUAAUGGCAUGAAAGAUAUGAAUUUGGUUCAUCAAAUUGUAGUUGAUGACAAUUUUCGUUUGGAAAAGGCUGAACCGGAACCAAAUACUGUUCAGAGGGUAAUAAAGGACACCAUGACCAAAGCCUUUUGGGACGUUCUAAAAGAACAGCUAGCCGAAGACCCUCCAAAUUAUAACCAGGCAAUGAAACUUUUGGAAGAAAUAAAACAUAAUUUAUUUGACCUUCUGCUGCCUCAACAUACAAAAAUUAAACAGCAGAUUUCCGAGGUUUUAGAUAUAGAUUUGAUAAGGCAACAAGCUGAAAAGGGGAUUCUCGAUUUUAAUUAUUAUGCACAGUACGUUAUUUCUAUUAUGGCGAAAAUGUGUGCACAAGUAAGAGAUGAAAAAAUCAACGAAUUGAAGCAGACUACUGAUGUUAUUGAGGUAUAUAAAGGAAUUUUAGAGACUUUAGAAUUAAUGCAGCUUGAUAUGGCUAAUUUUACAUUGCAAAUAAUUAGGCCGGACAUUAUUAAAAAUAGCGUCGAACUGGAACGAGAGAAAUUUGCUAGUUAUUUAGCCAUCCAACCAGAUGGUCUGCAGCAUACCAGAAAAUGGCUUUUGAAUCAUACUGCGUUAAAUGAACCGGUGCCUACCAACGUAGAAUACGAAAAAUUCAUUAGAUCCUGUACGAAAAAAGUAUUUACCAGAGCGUGCAUAGAUCUAAUAGACUGGGAUAGGACGCAGCCUUAUCCAGAGACGUUUAUUCUGGAUGAAGAACGACUGUACGAUUUGCAGGUCAGAACGUUCCGUCUGAUAACAGCCGCAACGAUUCUAUUAGUAACGUUGAGUAAUGCAGGGCCGGAUUUACAAACUAUCGGAACCUUUAAACAGUCACUAAAGGACCACAUUAUGAUUCUGAUUCAAAAUAUUAAGAAUAACGAGGAUCUAGACGAUGUUUUACCAAAUAUAGCAGAACAGGUAGUGAACGACGUAAAAGAAGCUCAGGCAAAGUACGAUUUACAAGGAUUAGUCCCUUCAAAUGAAACGUCCUUCAAAGAUAUCGUAAUAGAUAGUGGAAAAGACGAUCAUAAAGUUCGUACUAUUGUCAAACAACGUAUAAAAGAUUUCUUCUUGGACAUUAUCGAAUCGGCAACAGCAGCUCCCCAAAAAGUACCAUCCGGAUUGACAGCGUUUCAGAGAGAAUUGACAGAAAUUGCCGGUCAGUUUCUGAGAAUAGUCUCUCAUAACAGUACAGUGUUUUCUAUUUAUUAUUCGGAUAUUAUAGCAGCAGCGCUGCCUAAACCUUAAACGUUAGCUUAUAGUAACAAUGUAAGAUAAAAACAAGAGUUAUUGUUUUUAUUUACUACUAAUUCAACUAAAAUUAACUAAGAUAAUUUCUAAAUCAGAUAUCUUGGAUAUAUGAUUUUUAUACUGAUGAUAAAAUAUUAAUAAAUAUAAUAUUUAUAACUA